UAUCUAUUGAUGCGUCUUUUUUUUUGGUUUCGGUUUUCCUAUUAUUUAUAAGAGCAAUGUUGGAUAAACUACCACAGGAAACUUUAAAUACCAUUCUAUCACAGCUUCAAUUUGCAGAUAAACUCAAUCUUGCCACUACAUGUCACUAUUGGUAUCGGGCACUUAGUCAACUCCAUUUAUACCAAAAGUUAGAGUUCGGUAACAGGAAGGGUGAUGUCAAUUUUCCUAAGCUUUACCGUUUAUUCAGUGACAACCCUUCCUUUGGUGAACAAACCACAUCGCUCAGGCUAAACCACCAUGUUUACCUUGAUUCCCUCAUUCUUGCCUCUAUACCGCGUCUCUUCCCUAAUGUGCGGCAUUUACAACUUCAUUCCACUAUAUAUACCCUAAUGCAACCUGCGACCGACAUUAUUCUCCACGAUUUUAAACGGUGGCAGAAGCUAACAUCAAUAGACAUUCACGAUCACAAAAUUGCAUUCCUACUCUUACGAUCGCGUCAGGUGUUUGAUUGCCUUACGCACUUGUCUUUGGAUUUAGGAAGACGGGACGUAGAUAUUCUGCAUACAGACAGCAAACGACUCUUUCAACGGGUCUUUGCAGAAGGAAGAACACCAGCGGUCAAAACAUUGUACAUAACCAAUGCCUAUAUAAACCUUGAGUAUAUGGAGCUUCUGCAUGAGCAUGUUCCGAAACUUGAGAAGCUUAUCCUCAGCGGCGUGCGUUUACGCAAUACUGAUACCUCGACUUACAGGCCUUCGCGCUGCGGCCGUAAGAUCCUGGUUGCCAACGACAACACACCUCGUGAGUUUGUUAAAGCACCCGCAUCCAGUGACUUUACAUACGUUGACUUUGAUAUUGAAAAUGAGUCAGCGGAACUCACGCCAGAACUAUUAACGCUUUGGUUACUCUUUUUUGCACAAAAAUAUGAUAACAAUGCCAUCAAGCAUUUCGAAUUUGAUCUAUCGUUCCAUUUCGAUCAACCGCGCUAUAAUUUUCCUCAGUUGAGACCUUACUUCAUUCACCUACUCUCCAAAUUACCUAAACUCAAACAUUUCACAACGGCAUUUACAGAUAUCAAUCAAGAGCUUCUGCAGGCGAUGGAUCAUCAGUCUAUCCAAUUGAAUCAUAUCACAUGUUACGCCACCACCAGUACCCAUUCGCAUCAUUCCAUGGCUUUUGCUGACUUUUGUGAACAUUUUGCCAACAGUGCGCAAGCAAUCUCAUUGCGCACCAUGGAUAUAGAAUGCGUGGAAGAAGAUGGCCAUUUUUCCAUAGACGAUUCUCAUCGACGCAGACUGAGCUCACUCACGCAGUCAUUAACGCACCUCACUCACCUCAUCAUAGACGCCGUGAGUGUGAAUGGUUCCAUUUGGGUCACCCUUUUACAAAACCCGCCGCCUCAGCUUACCCACCUCGAUUUGAUGCGUAUCAACAGUAAUGAGAAACCUUUGGUAGCGUAUCGAACGCGAAAAGUGACACAUUCACCGAUUCGCCACUUAUCGAUUACCUUGGCCAACUUUCGCCUCACGAAUGAUAAUAGCCGAUUUUUGAACCGUAUCUUUAAGUUGAUUAUUGCAUCCUGUCCAAAUAUACGUAAACUUCAUUUGAUCGACGAAUUUUAUCCUUCCGGAAGGGAGGAGACUUAUCUGAAGCGGAAAAAUAGUCCUGAGGAAUUGGUACUGGAUCUGACCAAGCUAGAUCAUCUGAAAGAGUUGAAAAUGAGAAUGUGCUCUGCGAGGUAUUACGUGCUACCCCUAGACUAUCAACCUUUGAACGAAAGGACAGAGCAGAUGCCACCAGGCAAAAACGAUGUGUUCACUAUGAUACAGGAAGGCAGACCCUGGCGUCAGGAUAGCUACAUGAAAGUAGAGGAUCAUUUACAGGUUAGUCCCACCGCCGACGAAGGCUGUCACUACAAUAAUACGUGGUUCGAUCACAAAAACAGAAGAUCAGAGGGAUCAAGAGAUAAUAACCGACCAUUUAUCUUCAAUCUAUUGUGGGCAGGCCAGCCCAAGAUUGAAUUACAAAGAGUCGCUACACCUUCAAAUGAUACAGACGAUGAAGAUUAUUGGAUUAUAACCCCAUUUCUUAACGCUAUUAAUGAACUCGCGUAUGAAUAAAAAAUACAGACAGUACUCGGGCUGCUGCAUCUCUAUCUCGCCCUAAAAUAGGGUCACUUUGUUUUGCCUACUUCAUGUAAAUACUAUUCAUCUCUGUACAUACCUUUUUUAAAUGCUAAG